AUGGAAGUGAGCGGCGUUGCUUCGGGGAUGGAGCAGGAGGAAAUGCGGGCGGAGCAGCGUCCAGCUGAGGAGGAGGGAGAAGAGCAGAAGCAGCGGGCGGACGCAGAUGUGGAAAAGCACCGGCGGCAGCUUUGCACGGAGUUUGCUUCUGUCGCCGGCAGUGACGCCGCCGUGGCUCGGUGCUACCUGGCCGAGAAUGACUGGGACGUGCAAAGGGCGCUGAAUUCUUACUUUGAACCACCCCUUGAUGAACAGCGUUUGGACAGGGCGCCCCAGGCUCUCCCCGGAACUGAGACCUUUGUUGACCUGACUGAUAGUCCGAAUGCCAGUAGUGUAGUGGCUGCUGUGAAAGAGGCAGGGCUUGGCCCGCAAGAGGAUGACAGCACACUUUCCUUAAUUACUUGGAACAUAGAUGGCCUGGAUUUGAGUAAUCAGCAAGAAAGGGCACGAGGAGUCUGCUCCUAUUUAGCUCUGUAUCGUCCAGAUGUGGUAUUUUUACAAGAAGUUGUUCCAAUAUAUCUGAACUAUCUGAAGAAGAGAGCUGUUAGUUACACAAUUAUUCCAGGUAACACUGAAGGUUAUUUUACGGCUAUAAUGUUGAAAAAAUCAAGAGUAAGAGUUUUACAUCAUGAAAUAAUACCUUUUCCAACAACCUCUAUGAUGAGAAAUUUAUUAUCAGUACAUGCAACCGUUUCCGGCAAUGAGCUUUGGUUUAUGACUUCCCAUCUGGAGAGCACAAAGGAUCACGCUGAAGAGCGUUUAAACCAGUUGAAGCUGGUGCUGAAGAAAAUUAGUGAGACACCAGCAUCCACUACUGUGAUAUUUGGAGGAGAUACAAAUCUGAGAGACAAAGAGGUUGCUAAACUAGGUGGUCUACCUAGCGACAUUCUGGACAUCUGGGAGUUUUUGGGCAAGCCAGAACAUUGUCACUACACAUGGGAUACAAGCCAAAAUACUAACUUGGAUGCCCGUUACAAGUGCAAGAUGCGGUUUGAUCGCCUGCUUCUUCGAGCCGCUUCUACUGGUGGGCAAAUAAUUCCCCAGAGUUUGGAUUUAAUUGGGCUGGAGAAACUAGACUGUGGCAAAUUCCCUAGUGACCACUGGGGUCUGUUGUGCAACUUUGAUGUGGUACUAUAAGAAGAAUCCCUUUGAAGGACAAUUUUAAGUUGCUUUCUAAAGACACUAUUCUAACUCUUCUUUAUUUUAACCAU